UUGGCCGGACGCUCCGCAGCAGCCGCCCCCACCCCUCCCCCCGCUCGUCCCGGUCCUCGCCUGGGCCUGCCCGUCCCCGCAGCCCCCUCCCCCUCGCAGCCGCCUCAGCGCCGCCGCCUGGGCCUUGCGGGAUGAGCGCGGCAGGGAAAGCCCGCGAAGGGGCGGCGGGAGGGCCCGCCGCCGCCGCCGCCGCCGCCAUCCUGCUGCGCUACCUCCGGGAGCAGAACCGGCCCCACAGCGCGCAGGACGCCUUCGGGAACCUGCAGCGGGAGCACGGCCUGGGCAAGACGGCAGUAGUCAAGGCACUGGAACUACUGGCUCAACAGGGGAAAAUCAAAGAGAAGGCUUAUGGGAAGCAAAAAAUCUACUUCCCUGACCAGGAUCACUUUCCCAGUGCGAGUGACUCAGAACUGAAGGUCCUGGACAAUGAGAUUUCAGAUCUGUCCAGCAAAGUUCAGAUCCUUCAACAGAACUGCUGUCUUAUGGAGUCAGAACUGAAAGAACUGAAGGGCUCCAUGACAACCCCAGAGAUGGUGAAAGAGAUUGAAGAGUUAAAAAAAGAUUGUGCUGAUUAUACAGAGAAACUGGAACGGAUUAAAUCUGGUGCCAAUCACGUGACCCCUGAGGAGAAAGAAAAGGUGUAUAAAGAGAAGAAACAGUACUGCAGAGAAUGGCGAAGCCGGAAGAGAAUGGCGACGGAGCUACUUGAUGCAAUCUUGGAAGGCUACCCGAAAAGCAAGAAGCAGUUCUUUGAGGAAGUUGGCAUUGAGACUGAUGAAGAUUUUCAUGUGACCUUACCCCCCACCUGAAUUAAGCACUCUUCUGAUCCAUGGAACAGCAUCCACCUAUUUAACAUUCAAGUUUCAGUUCUACAUCGUCCACCUCUGUAUAUUUUUAAAAAAUACUUUGCAUGCAGUGGGGCAAGGAGGGGGAAAGCAGUCCCUACUCGUCCCUGUCCUCCUCCCCAGGCACGUGGGGCCGAUCCCCAUUUUGUCCUUCAAACUAUUUGUCCCACUGUGCUGAAUUGCUGGUAAGCACUGGAGGAGAUGGGGGUGGGCAGACAAAAUAAAUAUUUAAAGUGCUCUAACA